CCUACUCGCAUAUUUGUAGGGACAUUUUGAUCGAAAAUUUAGUCAACAUUUUGCCAAAAUCUUGAGAGCAGAGACCAAAGAUGGCAGAGCAGCUAACGGAGGAGCAGAUCGCCGAGUUCAAGGAAGCUUUUUGCCUCUUUGACAAAGAUGGCGAUGGUUGCAUCACCACCAAAGAGUUGGGAACUGUGAUGAGAUCUUUGGGACAGAAUCCCACUGAGGCUGAAUUGCAGGACAUGAUCAGUGAAGUUGAUGCUGAUCAGAAUGGCACAAUCGAUUUCUCCGAGUUUCUGAAUUUGAUGGCGAGGAAGAUGAAGGAUACUGAUUCCGAGGAGGAACUCAAAGAAGCUUUCAAGGUCUUUGACAAGGACCAGAAUGGCUUCAUUUCUGCUGCUGAGCUUCGACAUGUAAUGGCGAAUCUCGGUGAGAAACUGACGGAUGAAGAAGUGAGUGAAAUGAUUCGUGAAGCGGACGACGAUGGCGAUGGCCAGGUGAACUAUGAGGAGUUUGUGAGGAUGAUGCUCAACAAGUGAAGUGAAUUGUAAUUUGUAGUGUUUGGAUUCUAAAAAGGGGUAGGGCUAUGAACAUUUGUGGUUUGUAUUGUUGUAGAAUCAGUCAUAUUAGUAUGUUUGCCUUUGGACUUUCUCAACAAGCUGGAAUUCUCGUCUGUUGGAAUUAAUUCAAUCUUUAACGAGAGACAUGACUUUCAAA